CUUCGAUGAAGGAGAAUGUCGAAGCAAGGAGAAUAAAGACGAGUAAAGGAAUGGAGUCGGUCAGGAGUCAGAGCAUCAAGAUAAUUUUUGAGGGGGAUAUCGAGACCACACCCAUAAGGGUGGUAGCCACCAAGUCGGCAAGAGGGUCUACAUCGAAGAGGACUGACACGGAUUACGUGAUGACGGAGAAGGACGGGCAGCAGGUCGAUGGAGAGGAGGUUAUCCUUUCGCCGCGGAAGAGGGGAGUGAAGAAGUUCUUAAUGAAGAGUUCGCUGGACGAGAUUGACACGGUUGAGCCACUGAGGCGGGCCCUUCGGCAACCAAUGCAGUGUUCUAUUCUGGAGUACCUGGCGGCAUCGAAGCCGGCUCGUGAUGAAUUACAGAUGAUCACGCAGAAGACUCGCAUACCUCUAUUAGAUGAGGGUCAGGGGGCCCCUAAAGCGGAACCUUCUUCAGUAGCAGUAACGGGGGGGACUGCUAGAGCGGAUCGCAUGGCGACAGUUCUUCUCGAUGGGAUGGAAGGUGUGCCUCCAGACAAGUUCUAUAUACUUGGUAGCGGGACCGUAGAGACGAUUAUAAACGAUGGAGCGAUACUCGAUGCUGUGAUUGACAACGGCAGUGAGGCUGUCAUCAUAGACGAGGAUCUGGCAGUACAAGUUGGACUGGGCCUCGAUAGGUCAUACCUAUUCGAGAUAGAGACGGCUGAUGGGAGAAAGCAACAAAUCACUGGGGUUUGUCACAAAGCAGCCAUAGAAGUCCAAGGGGUACGUGUGACCCUGCCUGUCUUUGCAGUCAAGAACUGCAGCUCCGACUUGCUCUUGGGUCGAACGUGGCUGAGCCACGUGCAUGCGGUGAUGAUAGAGCGACCUGAUGAGAGUCAAACAUUGUCUAUUAGGAAGUUAAACGGGACGCGGGUGAUGAUUGAGACAGUGGAGCCUCGGGACCCGAGGAACAGAGCAGCUCUCGCUGUGGGUGCGGGACCCAGUGAUCCGAUUAAGUCGUUACCUAUCUCCGGCCGCGCGGUGCGAUUUCGCGAGAAGAGAUAUGGACCACUGCUCACAGAGGAAGAAGGUCGGAUCGUAGAGGUGGAAGAUUUAGGAAGCCGGCUAAUAGUGGACGGCAACUCGUACCCGAAGGAAAAAGAUGAGGAAUUUGGCGGUGUGGUAUCCGUGUCUUUUUUAAGGGCACGGCGCCCUAUGGGGGGCUACCCAAGCGACACAAGCGAGUAACUCAAAAAGUCAAGCCAUCGGCGGUGGGCCGCGAGCGAUCGGCACUGGAAGGGGUAUCAGAAGAAGAGAUCGCAAAACAAAUCAAAGAAAGAAAG